AUGUUCUCCGCUCUUAUUAAGAAGACUUUGAACUUGGGACGCGUCGCGAAGGAGGAGAGGGGGUCCGAUGUCCGCACCGCAAGGUCGGUCGUCGACGACAAGAAGACCGGCAUGGAGGAGGAGAAGAUCGAAAUCGAGGAGGAGAAGGUCGAGAUCGUAGAGGAGGUGGUAUCGAAGAGCGGGCUGACGGGCCAGGAGAUGCUUGCGAGGUUGGACGAGAUGUCGAUGAUGUUGCGAUUCAUGGCGGCGGACGAGAAGCUGCAUACCGAAAAGGUCGAGGUGGUUGAGGUCGCGGUCGAGGAAGAGGUCUCUGAAGCGCCCGUGGUAGCCAAGGUCGCCAUCAGGCCCGGGAACUCCGACAAGACCCGACGACGACACCGAAAGGACACGACCUACUUCCAGGCGGCAGCGGAUGCGCCUGAGGUCCCUGUCGUUCCCGAGAAGUUCAAGGGGAUGACGACCUACUUCAAAGUAGAUGCCAACGCUCCCCCGGUUCCCGCUAUCCCCGCCAAGUACCUCAAGAAGUCGGUCCCGGUCUCGACCUCGAGGACCGACAUCGCUUUCCCUUCGAUCAAGACCGAGUUCACCGCCGCUCUGACCCCGGUCAAGAAGUCGGCCCCGGUCCUCACCUUCUCUCUCUUUGCCCUUACCGAGGACGAGGAGGAGGAGGAAGACUCGGAGGAGCUCGUCGAAGAAGAGGAAACGGUCACGAUCAAGUACAAGGAGGUGGUCAGGCAUUCACCGGUACAGACCCUCAUCAGGGGUUGGGAGGCGCAGGAGGCGGAGUGGUUGACCGGUUCGUCGGGGGCGACUGGUGGGUCGGGGUCGUUAAUCGCGUCCGUCUACGGUCCGGGCUGGGAGGGUGUCGCGGGUUUCAUAGUUGUACGGGUUUCGUCGUGUUUCGCUUCUGGUCGUGUUCGCCUCGUUCGAUCACCGGCGCUUACCUCUCUAGUUUGCUUAGCGAGCGCCGGCCCUCAAGACCCGACUUGGACUACGACAAGAAGGGGAGUAUCGUCCGGGGCUCUCCCCUGCCCCGAAACUAACGAGUCCGACUUUUCAUGCCUUUCCUCUAUGGCCGGACCGGCGGGGGCCUCCCGUCUUGGCCAACUGACUACUACUAUCGCUUCUCCCCUUCUAUACUGA